GUAACUAGGAUUGCGUAGCAUAUAUAUAAUAUACAGAAUAUUGGAAUUGAAGAUGCAAUCUGCGAAGCAGAAAGUAAGCGACGCAGCUGCUGCUGCCAAAGAACACCUCGAUAUUCUUGCAGCCAAGACUGAUGAAAAGGUGGAGAAAGCAGCGGCGAGGAGCAAGGAGGAGAGAGAGAUAGCAGAGGAGAGAAGAAAAGCCAAAGAAGCUGAAGCCAAGAUGAAUCUUCAUGAAGCCAAAGCGCGUCACGCCGCCGAGAAACUGCAAGCCAAGCAAGCUCAUCUUUAUCCGGCGGCAGGGCCGCAGCAUCACCACCACGAACCCGUCGGCACGGUGGCUCCUACCACCGGCGCGGUUAUGCCGGGCUACCCUCUGGGAGGCUACCCCCAUGGCCAUGGAAGACACACUAGAAAUAUCUAGCCGCCCAGU